AUGUCAUCAAGUUUGCAGAUGAGCUUCCGUAAUUCAAGAACCAACGAUGCACCCAAUCCAUCGAUUCAUCCGUUCCAUGUGAUGGAGCACAAACGGCCACAUUUCGGGGCAUUCUUCUGGGAAAUCAGCUCUCGUUAUCGCUGCCGAAGUUGCACCUCCUGUCCCCGCACCGUUUCCUACCGUUGCACCAUCUUUAAUAUCGCCCCGUCUCCUGUCGUGCACCCCCUGCCCUUGAACCCCAUCUGUCCCCGCUCCGCCUCUGUCCCCGCACCGUCUCUGUCCUCGCACCGUCUCACGUCCCCACACUGCCUCUAUCCCCGCCCCGCCCCUGUCCCCGCACCGUCUCUGUCCUCGCACCGUCUCUGUCCUCGCACCGUCUCUGUCCUCGCACCGUCUCUGUCCUCGCACCGCCCCUGUCCCCGCACCGCCCCUGUCCCCGCACCGUCUCUGUCCUCGCACCGUCUCACGUCCCAACACUGCCUCUGUUCCCACACCGCCUCUGUCCUCGCACCGUCUCACGUCCCCGCACCGCCUCUGUCCCCCGCACUGUCUCUGUCCUCGCACCGCAUCUGUCCCCCGCACCGUCUCUGUCCUCGCACCGUCUCUGUCCCCGCACCGUCUCUGUCCUCGCACCGUCUCUGUCCACGCACCGUCUUACGUCCCCGCACCGUCUCUGUCCUCGCACCGUCUCUCGUCCCCGCACCGCCUCUGUCCCUGCACCGCCUGUCCUCGCACCGCCCCUGUCCCCGCACUGUCUAUGUCCUCGCACCGUCUCGCGUCCCCGCACCGCCUCUGUCCUCGCACCGUCUCUGUCCCCGCACCGUCUCACGUCUCCGCACCGUCUCUAUCCCCGCACUGCCUGUCCCGUACCGUCUCUGUCCCCGCACCGUCUCACGUCCCCGCACCGUCCCUGUCCCCGCACCGUCUCUGUCCCCGCAUCGUCUCUAUCCCCGCACUGCAUGUCCCGUACCGUCUCUGUCCCCGCACCGUCUCACGUCCCCGCACCGUCCCUGUCCCCGCACCGUCUCUAUCCCCGCACCGUCUCACGUUCCCGCAACGCCUCUUUCCCCCGCACCGUCUCUGUCCCCGCACCGCCCCUGUCCCCGCACCGUGUACUGCCAACACGGUCUCCGUGGAACAACACAUUGA